ACUUGUUUUCGGUAUAUGAUCAUUGGCUGUGUGAAUGAUGGAUAUAAGAUUUUCUUUGGUAAGGGAUCUAAAGUCAUAGUACAAUCAAAUCAAAGAAAAGAUCCAGAGGUUUACAAACUUGAAGACUCGUCGUGUCUGGCAACUGACUUCACGGACCAUUCAGCAUUUAAUUCCAGUUACCCUACAGUGAGAUAUACAGGCAAAGAUUACCAAAACUACUACAGUACCUUUGACUUUAGAGAUGAAGACAAGUGCGUAGAAAAAGGCAGCUGUAAAGGAGCAUCCAGUCAAAGUGGUGAUAUAGAAAAAGAUGAAAAAAUCAACUUCUUGUCAUUGGGCCUCUUUUGGCUGAGAAUUCUCUUUCUGAAGACUGUUGUGUUCAACGUCCUGGUGACUUUCAAAGCAUGGAUGAGCUAACGUCUCACAAAUCCAAGUCGUUUUUCAUCAGUUGGAUUUAUCACCGUGCCUUCACCGAAGACAACAGAAAAUGUUGCAUCACAUUCAAAAGACCAUUCGAUUUGCACCGUUGUUGUUAAAUGAUGAUCAAGGAAUUAUGUAACCUCCCUCAGUUAUGCUCUAGUGCUUAUGGUUUUAAGAAUAAUAUACCGUAUACACAUUUGAAUGUAAUGUGUUUAUAUGCUUCUUUAAUAUGGGCUCAACUAUUCUAGUUUAGGAUACAAUACGAAUAUGCCGCCAACUUAGAUGUAGUUCAUGUUUAUUUUCUCUUUAUUUUAAUGAAUUCUACAUUUAUUAUGUAAAAAUAUAUUUUUUUAAUUACUUUGAAGCUGGAUUACAUCUAGAAGAUUCUAUCUAUAUAGCUUUCAUUUUUAGCAAAAUAUUUACAUCCACAAUUAAGUGGACUUAAGUGCUUCCUUUUACAAUGGCAUACUUUCAUUCAAUAAUGACUGUAUUGUGCAAAAUAUAUGAAAAUAAAAUGCAUAAAUAACCAA